CUGCAUUUAUUCGCAAUCAAAAUAACAUAUACAUAUAUACGAGUAUCCACAAGCCACCACACGCGUCCAUCGGCCAAAUAAUGCAACGUGCUGCUGCCCCAGAUCACAUAAUUCCAAGUGCUUGACCCAGUGUUUGUGUGAGUGUGCAACAGCAGCCAGAGAAAGAGGAUAGAGAGAGAGUGGGAGUGAGCCUGGAGCUAGAGCCAGAGUCAGAGUUGGAUUUGCUCCUGCAGUUGACGAGGAAGUGGGCGCUGCAGUCAAAUGAUGCCCUACAAUGUGCGCUCCGCUGGCGGCGGCAGCAUCGGUGGUAUUCUGCGCAAGACUGGUGCCGCUGCAGUUGCCCCCGGCGGUCUAUCGGCGGGGGCCAGCAACGGCAACGGUGCGGCAAUACUGGACGCACGCCAGCCGCCCCUGGAGCUGCUCGUCUUCGGCUACGCGUGCAAGAUAUUCCGUGAUGACGAGAAGGCCCGCGAACUGGACCACGGAAAGCAGCUGAUACCCUGGAUGGGCGAUGUAAAUCUCAAGAUAGACAGAUACGAUGUGCGUGGCGCCCUCUGCGAUCUGGCACCCUACGAAGCGCCACCUGGGGGCUACGGCAACCGCCUGGAAUACCUCAGCACCGAGGAGCAGCGCGCCGAGCAGCUAUGCGAGGAGGAGCGCUACUUAUUUCUGUACAACAACGAGGAGGAGCUCCGCCUCCAGCAAGAGGAGGACCUCAAGCGGCUGCAGCAGGAGACCUCCGGCGGAAACUACAGCCAGGUGGGCUUCCAGUACGAUGGCCAGGGCAUGGCGUAUGCUGCUGCUGGAGCUGCAUCCACCACGACUGGGCCGCUCUCGCUCUCCCCGGGCACCGCAGAGGAGAACGAACCAUUUGUUCUGCCUCGCACCCUGCUUCUGCCGCUGCCCCCGGGUAUGCAGGUGCCCGAGACGAUGAAGCAGCAUGCCAUCAUCGAGAAGACGGCCCGCUUCAUAGCCACUCAGGGCACCCAAAUGGAGAUCCUGAUCAAGGCCAAACAAGCUAACAAUUCACAGUUCGACUUCCUCACGCAGGGCGGCCACCUGCAGCCGUACUACCGUCACGUGCUGGCUGCCAUCAAGCAGGCCAAGUACGCCCCCACGCCGGAGAGCCCCAGCAACGCAGAGGCAGAACCCGGCUCCGGAUCCGGACCGGAGAGCCAUGGCCAGCGAACGGGUACGGGCACGUCCGGCCAAGUAGUCAUUAUGGUGCCCACCAUUAAGUACAAGCCUUCGGCAAACUGCGCCUACACGCAGCUCAUCAGCAAGAUCAAGGGCGUGCCCCUGCAGACGGUGCUCGACGACGAGCUGAGCACCACCAAUUCGCAGCAUUCCGGGGGCACGGCCUCGCCGACGCCCAGCUGCAGGUCGGAGGGCCACAGCCAGCAGGGAGAGUUCACACCCGUCCUGAUCCGCUACAACGGCAGCACCUUCACCCACGAGACGGAGGAGGCCGACUCUCCGGUGCCCGAGGAAGAGAACGCCAACGAUGCGACGCCGCAAGUGGAGCUGCUGAAGAACACCAGUGCUCUGGCCCUGGCUCAGAACUAUAGUUCGGAGAGCGAGGAUGAGGCGGGGGAAGAGGCGCACACCUCGACGCAGGCGUCUGAGAAGGAGAAAGAGAAGGAGGCUGAGAAGGCGCCGCCAGCACCAGAGCCGGUGCUGACAUUUCCCGUGCCCGAGGAGAGUCUCAGGACGAUCAUCGAUAAGACGGCCACCUACGUAAUCAAGAACGGGCGGCAGUUCGAGGAGACGCUGCGCACCAAGAGCGUCGAGCGGUUCGGUUUCCUGCUGCCGCAGAACGAGUUCUAUCCGUAUUACCUGUACAAGGUAACCAACGACGUGGAUGCCGCCUCAAAGGAGGAGAAGACGCGCAAGGCGGCCGCCGUGGCCGCUGCGCUCAUGAGCAAGAAGGGACUCAGUUUUGGAGGAGCUGCAACUGCAGCUGCAGCUACGUCAGUAAACGCAACAGACAAAGCUCCCGUUUGCUUCUCCAUACGCGGCCGCGACGAGCACGGUCCGCUUCCGGCUGCUCUGACCCAGGAGGCCAGCGACGAGGAGGAGACGAAGUCUAAUGCGGCUACGUCCACUGCGGAGCAGGUGCGUGGCAUGCCGGACAGUGUGCAGCGUGCCAUUAAGCAGGUGGAGACGCAGUUGCUGGCUAGAAGCCAGAAGGCUGCUCCCAUCUCUCCGCAAAAGGAUCUGCGUCAGGCAGAGGAGCGGGUCAAGGACAAGCUGGCGCUGAUUGCCCGCGACAAGCUGAACGGCAUGGUAUCCAAGGAGAAGCAGCUGCAGCUGGAGAGGAAACGUAAGGCCAUGGCCUUUCUCAAUCAGAUCAAGGGUGUUUCAGCAGGUGCUGUGGCUAGCUCUGUUAUACCUAGCUCAAAGGUUAAUCCACCUGAGGAGGCCGGAGGUGACGCUGCGGGAGACAGCGACAACGAGUCCAAUGAGUCCGUGCGCUCCAUACCCAUCACUUACUUCGGGCCUGACGACGACGAGGAUGAGGAGGAAGAGCAAAAGCAAAAGCAGAAGCAGAAGCCGGAGAAUGACAGCCAGCAUGAUGACGAGGAGGAGGAGGAGGAGGACGGCGGGGAUCUGGAGAAGUACAAUCUGCUUAACGACGACAGCACGAAUACAUUCACCAGCAAACCACCGCCGCCCCCGCCACCGGUACAGACCGCAGCUCUUCCUCCGAAAACGAUUGCCUCCGCGCCAACAUCCGCUGUGCUACUAUCGGACGAUGAUGAUGUUCAGCUGGUGCCCGCCGGCUCGCCUGCGCCCCCCGGCGCCUCCAGGACCUCGCGCCACCGAAAGACCCACCGCAGGAGCAGGAGUCGCAGCUGCAGCUCCAGCAGCAGCGAGUCCAGCCGCAGCUCCAGCCGGCGCAAGAAGCGCAGAGCCGUCGAGGAGGUGUCUGCCAGUGCCAGGAAACAGCGGCGAAGACGCAGUCAGAGUCGCACCUCAACCACCAACCGCAGCCAGCGCGUGCGUCAGAGCCAGACGCAGAGCCACCGCCAGAAACAGCGCAGCAGAAGCCGGCACAGGAGUCGCAGCCCCAGGCGUCGCCGAAGCCCCAUCCAGAGCAGGAGCAGAUCAAGAAGCAGUCGCAGUCAUAGCUCCAGCAGCCGCAAGGAUCGACGGAGUCGCCAGCAGCGUGAGGAGUCGCGCCAGAAUCAAAGACGCUCGCCCAAGAAAAGCCACAAGCGGCACAAGCGUCGCCGUCGCAGCAGCUCCCCCUGACACCGUUACCCCUCGACUCGUUUUGUAGCUAACUUCUAAUGAUAUCAAAUAUACACAUCGAUUAUUUUUUGAAUA